UUCAUGGAAGGAAAGCUUGACAACAAACACAGCAUGAUCCUUCUUAUAAACAUCCAUCUACUUCUGUUUCAGAUUGCAUGAAAGAUACAAAGAGACCCCAGAAAACACAAGUGAUAGAUUUGGUACGAAAACCCACAGGAUGUGUUACACACUGACUAAAAACAGCCUAAAUGGUGCAUUAACGGAUGUCCUACACUAUAAAGACAAAGAGCUGUUGUCCAACCUCCUCUUGCAGCUGAACAACUUGAGGAAGGAACAAAUCCUCACUGAUGUUGUCCUUUGUUCUGAUGGUAACGAGAUUCCCUGUCACCGCAAUGUUCUGGUGUCCAGCAGCCCCUACUUCCAUGCUAUGUUCUGCAGCAACUUUCGUGAGAGACAGCAGGCUCGGGUGGAUAUGCAGGGAGUUCCCUAUAAUGUCCUGAACAGCAUUAUGGACUAUGUUUACACAGGAGCCAUUAGUAUUACCAUGGAGUCGGUUAUCCCUCUGAUGCAAGCUGCUGCGAUGCUACAUUAUGAGCGGCUUUUUGAGGCCUGCUCAACCUUCUUGCAGGCCCAGCUCAGGCCAGAUAACUGCUUGAGCAUGAUCCGCCUUUCAGAGAUUUUGCACUGCACCAGUUUGCUGCAGAAAGCUCGAGAGAUGGCUGUGAAAAGCUUCUCUGAUGUUGUGGCUUCUGAGGACUUCUGUGAACUUUCCCUGAAAGAGUUGGUUGGUUAUUUAGAAGAUGACCAAUUGUGUGCUGAGGAGGAACAGGUGUUUGAAAUUCUCCUGGCUUGGAUCCAUCAUGACCCUUUUGCCCGCCAAGGUGCUAUCCACGACCUUUUCCGACAGGUGAGGCUCCGACAUGUCCAUCCCUCCUACCUCUUCCAGUUCAUUGCCAAUGAUCCAUUAGUGCAGUCCUCCUCCCUUUGUACUGAGAUCAUUGAAUCAGUCAGACGUCUCCUCUUUUCUGUUGGUUCCCAUUGUCCGGGUGAUAUCCAAGGACUCUGGACUGCUCCACGGCGCCAUGCCUGUAAAGAAGCUUUAGUGGUUGUAGGUGGGCGUAAAAACAGUGAACGCACAUCUCGUGAGGCACUGCUAUUUGAUGAACAGACAGAGAGCUGGCAAUGGCUGGCUAAGUUACCUGUAAGGCUAUACCGUGCCUCUUACGUCUGCAUGCAUAGCAUCCUCUAUGUUCUGGGAGGUCUCACCAUGACCACAGGAGGAGGUGGUGUACCCACUGCCACAGUUUACACACUCUCCUUAAAAAUGAAUCAAUGGAGGGUUGCAGAACCCAUGCUGGUGCCUCGAUAUGGCCAUCAGAGCAUCUCCUAUCUACAGUUCAUCUUCGUUUUAGGUGGCAUUACAGGAGACAGACAGAUCUCCAGUGGGGUGGAGAGAUACAAUACCAUGUUCAACCUUUGGGAGUCCAUGGCUCCAAUGCCAGAAGCAGUUCAGCACCCUGCUGUAGCAGCACAUAACCAAAGAAUCUAUUUAUUUGGUGGGGAGGAUACGAUGCAAAAUCCAGUACGAAUGAUUCAGGUGUAUCACAUUGGAAGAAAUCUCUGGUGUAAAAUGGAGAACAGGAUGGUGAAGAAUGUUUGUGCCCCUGCUUCAGUCAUUGAUGGCAAAAUCUAUAUUAUUGGAGGCUAUACAAGAAGAAUGGUGGCAUAUGACAUUAAAGCAAACAGAUUUAUUAAAUGCAAGAAUCUGAAAGAGAGAAGGAUGCAUCACUCAGCCACAGUCAUCAACAAUAGACUGUAUGUCACCGGGGGCCGAUUCAUUAACAGCCAUGAUGAUGUUCAGGAUUCAGACAGCUUUGACUGCUAUGACCCAGAAACAGACGCAUGGACUUCAAAAGGCACUUUGCCAUUUAAACUUUUUGACCAUGGCUCAGUUCCAAUGGUGUGUAUCUCACACAAGCCUUUUCCCACAUGAGUGUGAUUAUAACACUGCUGAAAAUUCAGCACUAUGUACACAGACUGAGAAAGCUAUGUCUAUAAAUAAAAAAAAGCUUUCCAUGACUAAGAUGCAUGUAGGAGUCUGCAUGUUUUUACAGGAUAAUGCAUGUUGAAUAUUGGUUGCAGUUAAUGAGUAACAUGAUGUACUGCUGUCAUACAGGAAACUUGGUCAUAAUCUAUUCGAUUCUAGAGCAGCAGCAUUUACAGUAAGCAUGUAAUGCCUCAUUGUAACAUGUUGCAAGAACACUUCUUCAAAAUCUUAGUUCACAUUUACAAAAUCUGAUCGAACAUCUUGGCUGUUUUUGGUUUCUUUUACUGUAAAUAGGUACUGUAUGUACAUGAGUUAUUUAGUUUAACUACCACUUCUUUAAUGUCUUGCACUUUAUAGUGAAUGCUUGCAUUAUCCACAAACAUUCCUACAAUUUCUUUUUCAAGGAUUCUUUUAAUGAAUUUCCAUCGUUCCUUUAAACAGU